UUGAUGAACGGGUAACAGGGACUAAGUGCCUUUUCUCUCUCCAGUUUUCAUUUGUGUAUAAUAUAAUUUUGAUUAUUCUUAAUUUUUUAAAUAUAUUAUUUAUUUGUUUUUAUAUAUAAAUAAUCAUUUAUUAAAAAUGUCGUCUGGUGGUUGGGAAGUAGUUGGAAAAAAUAAAAAAGAUAAAUCAAUUGUUAAUAAAAAUGGAAAAUUAACAAAAACUGAAAAGAAAAAAUUUAUUGAAAAUGCUCCAAAACUUGAAGAUUUUCUUCCAUUAAGCCAAGUGAAAACAAUUUUUGACAAUCUAGAUGAUGAUAAUAAACGUAAAGUUAAAGUUAAAUCAAGAGACAAUAAUGACAAGGAGAAUGAAGAAAAAAAAAAAUCUCCAAAGCACAAUAAACAAAAAGAAGUUGAAAAAAAAAAUUCCCAACAACAACAACAACAAAAGGAUAAACCCAAACAAAAAGCUGUCAAACCAGCUGAUAAAUCAUUGAUUUCGAUUCAACAAAUUAAUGAAAUAAUAGAUACAAAUAAAGCACGUUUUCCUGAUGCUCCAUUAAUAUGGCUCAAAGAUUUAGUAUCAUAUUUAAACAAAAAAAUAACAAAUGAAAAAGAUGAUUUAUUAUUUAAUUCAAAAAAUGAUAAUUAUCCAUUAAAUCUUGUAGCAAAACCAGUUAUUUCAUUAUUUGAAAAAAUUAUAAAACAAUCUGGUCAAGGAAAUGUACAAUUAUUUUAUGAAGGUACAAUUGUUUUAAUGACAAAAUGUUUAUCUGAAGGUACAUCUGAUAUUGGUUGUAAAAUUUUUUUAAAAUUACUUGCACAAAUGUAUCCAGAAAUGAUGCCAUUAUUUAUAAAUAAAUAUAUAAGUCUUAAAAAUUCAUAUCAAAAUAAAAAAACAGUUGGUUUAUCAUUAAUUUGGGUAUAUUCACAAGUUGGAAAAUAUAAUUUAACAAUUGGAUUAAAAAUAUGGCAUGAAGUUUUAGCUCCAAUGCUUGAAUCAAGAACAUAUGCAUUUCAUGUUGUUAAAAUACUUAAAGAAAUUAUUGCCAUUCAUGCUGAUACAAAUUCAAUUACUGAAGAAAUUUAUAUGAAUAUUGUUGAUGAUUUUUAUUCGGGAAAAUACAAUGUUGUUUCGACAUUGUCAAAAGAAGUAACUUCUUGUCUAGAUACCUUUACUAGCUGUGCUAUGAAGAGUAAAAAAGUAAAUGUAAUUAAUAUUUUUGAUGCUUUUAUUGAUAAAAUAACACCAAAGACUGAUUUGGUUUAUAAAGAUAAAUUAUUAAAAAUUAUUACUUCAUGUAUUAUUGCUGAACCACAGUGUUUAUCUGUUUGGACAAGAAUUUAUUCAAAACGUCUGUAUCAAACAGAAUUACUUCUUAAUUUGUUUAAUAAUGAAUGGCAUGAUUUUUGUACGAAAAUUCAAGUUUCGAAAUUCAAAGAUACUUUACAAGUCAUACAAACAAAUGAAGUUACAGCAAAAACACACAGAGAAGAGGCUAUAUUAAUGUCUUGUAAAAAAAUUUCAUUGGCAUUAACCAAUAAAAUGACGGCAUCAAAAAAAAAAGCAAGAAGUUUUUCAUGGACAAAAGGCUCAAUUUUCCUUCUACUUUUUAUAGGAUUAAUUGUUGUACUUGAUUGUAAAAAACAUGGAUCAUUUGAAGCAUCAAGCACAGCAAAAUUAUUGAACAACAGUGGUGCAACAACAUAUGGCCAAAAAGCAUGGACCAUCUCAGAAAUCUACUUGAACAAAGGAUUAGCUUAUUGGGAAAAAAAUUCACCAUCGUCUUAUAAAACUGCUGCUGAUUUAGGAAAACAAUACUCAAAGCUUGCUAAAGAUUUGUACCUCAUUGCAUUUAAUACAGCAUCAAAGCUUUAUAAAAAUUUAGCUUUGUAUGUUGAAGAAAAACGACCUCUUGUCGUUGCUUCAAUCAACACCUAUUUUCCAGGGUGGAUUGAAUCAUUCCAAUCAUUUUAUGAAGUACAAUUAGCAUCAUUAAAAACAAAUUCAGCAAAAUUAGCAAAUUAUGCUGAAAAUCAAUCAAUUACAUUCAUCAGAUGGAUUCAAACUUCUGUUUUUGUUGGUAAAAUGAGUCCAGAAAGUAUUACUGGAUAUGCUAAACAAGCCAUUGAUUCAACGCAGCUGUUUGCUAAUCAAAUUUAUGAUUGGGCAUAUGAAAAACUUCAAAAAGUUCAAAAACUUUAAAAAGUUUUAUAAAUAAAAUAACAACAACAACAAACGUUGAAGUAUAUAUUAUACAAAACGAUCAAAAACGUUUUAAAAUAAUAAAUUAAAAAAAAAACAAAAUAAGAUUUAAAAAAGAAAAAUAUUUACUACAAUGUGUCAACCAUUCAUUUAAUUUUGACAAUUAAUUAUCACAUUUAUUUUUUGGCUAUUGUGGUGGCCAUUAAACCUGUGAUAAUUUACAAAUGAAAAUGUAUUAUUAUUAUUUUUGAAAUAUCUCACAACUCUAAAAUAACAUCGAGUUAAUUUCGAAUAAAAAUAAUUUUAGAAAAAAGACCAAAGUCGAAUCAAGAAAACUCGUUUUUAAAAAACAAGUUAUAUCAAAAUUAAUUAAAAAAAAAAGACAUUUUCAUAAUUAAUUUAUUAUUUUAAAUAAUUCCAUUGUUUUUUUUUUUUUUUAUAUUUUUCUUUGAUAGUAUUGUCUAGAAUUGUUGAGUGAGGACACGACUGAACGAGUCACAAACUUUAUUGCAAGUAAACUUGUUUUCUUUUUUUUUUUUUUUUUCUAAGCAAAUUUGUAUAUUCUUAAAGAAUGUGUUUCGAGGGCUAAAAAAAAAAUCAUUGUUCAAGUAUAUAAAGCUAUAAUAAAAGUACAUUUUUUAUAAACUUUUUUUUUUUUUUAAAAAAACACUGGUUAUUUAAUCCAAAAAAAAUUUGAAUAUUUGACUUUUUUUUUCAAUGGUAUUUAUUGAUGUCAGUAAAAACUUACUCCACAUAUUUCUUAAACUUUAUCGCAAUUUAUAAAUUAGAAAAAAUAUAAAGCAGAAGGAAGAGAGAGAGUACAUGUCAAACUUUCAUGUUUUUU